CCAGGAGCGGGCGCCGCGGGCCGAGAUGCUCCUCCGGGACUUGGUGCUGCGCCGUGGCUGCUGCUGGUCCUCGCUGCUGCUGCACUGCGCGCUCCACCCGCUCUGGGGCUUCGUGCAGGUGACGCACGGUGAGCCCCAGAAGUCCUGCUCCAAGGUGACUGACAGCUGCCGACACAUCUGCCAGUGCCGGCCCCCUCCCCCGCUGCCCCCGCCGCCCCCGCCCCCGCCGCCUCCCAGACUCCUCUCCGCCCCAGCUCCCAACUCUACCUCUUGCCCCGCGGAGGAAAGCUGGUGGUCAGGGCUGGUGGUCAUCAUUGCCGUGUGCUGUGCCUCCCUGGUGUUUCUGACUGUGCUUGUCAUCAUUUGCUACAAAGCCAUAAAAAGGAAACCACUGAGAAAAGACGAAAAUGGCACCAGCAUUGCUGAGUAUCCCAUGAGCUCUUCCCAGAGCAACAAAGGAGUGGACGUGAACAACACAGUAGUGUGAGUCUGCAGGUCCUGGACCCGCUGGCCAGAGGGACACCUUGGUGGCGCUAGUGGACAUAGGAAAGCAGGUGGACAUGAGCUAACCUGAGCUUCUCCAGGACUUCAUUGCCUCACAGGCCCCGAGCCUCCCAAAGGAGAAACCAUUCUCUUCCCAGGCUUGCCACCGGUCAGCCUGUGGGCCCAAGCAGCUCGGACGCCAGGCCAAGCCUGGCUCACACUGCGCACAGCACCUGGGCCGUGUCCCCACCGCAGGCCCUCCACCUCCUCCUCCCUGUCUGGUGUCUGGUCUGUUGACUGUCCCCAGCUGCUGUCUACAGCAUGCGCACCGGUGAAGCCCGGGGAUCUGUGUUUCUGCUGCGGCAGGGAGGCAUCCCCCCUUUAGCCAAAAGAAAGAUGGUCUGGGGCCCACUCCCUGCCGGAAACCUCUCCUCCUCCUAGGAAGCCUGCCUGCCCCUCUGUCCACAUUCUCAACAGAAGCCAUCGGCACAGCCGGGAGACAGGCGUCCCCUUUCAAAGGUGCUUCCCACACAUCUGUUCGUCGCCCCUUCUGCAAUUGUCAAUCUUCAGGGCCUGCCUUCUCCCUCCUGUCCCCACUGACACCCCACACCCUCGGCUCCUGACUGCCUGCCAUGGAAGGCUGUGAGCCCAGCCUGCAAAAUCCCCUCCUGAGCAGACAGAGGAGCUCGUUUACACUCGGGGGCAGUGUCUGGCCUUCCGGGGGCAAAACAACCCUAGGUCCAGGGCCACUGGGCAAGGGCAGAGGCCACUGCACCUGUCCUCACUCAUCCCCACACUUCCUCCCCAUAGGAACCCAUGCAUCGAUGUGAGCCAGGCCCUGCCUUAGUCGGCAGAGGCCACUACUUGUGCCAAAUCCACUGUGGGCUUGCUGUGCCACACUGAUGCUGGCUAGGCACUGGAUGUCCCCACAGUCCUCCGAGGCCUGACUGUUGUGCUCAGGCUCUCUGCCAGAGUCCUCCAUCCUCGUCCCAUUUUACCCUCCCCCAGCCCCAGUCACCAAGAAGAUGUUCCAAUGUCUUCCUGUCAGUGUCUGUUUCCAGUGCUAUAGGAGCGCUGAGCCCUCCGGUGUGGUUGGAGCACCCAGGGAUGAAAUGGGACGGGAGGUGAGGGACCCUCCAGGCUGGUAACCCCUGUCCAGUUGGCCUGUCUCCCAAGUGACUGCCUUCCCUGUGGGCCCCGUCAGGAAGCCCACGGAGACAGGGUGAUUUUGCAUCUUCUGGCAAAUGAGUGGGACACUCCUGGCCCUGUGGUUUUCCCCACCGCCCCUGCAUAUGUGCUCGGAAGGAACCCAGCGCACUGAAUGGUUCCACUGCCAGGCCCUGUAGGACCUGGUCUGCACCCUGACCUGCCAGUGUACUCUGGUAGGUGUUUAAGCUACAGAUGAGACUUUGAAGUCCAGAGAAGACAGACACACAUGAAAACCGGCUCUCAUUUGGGCCAAACCUUAAAAAGUCCAUUGUCCCAGAGUCCUAGUGCCCACAGACCUGUCUGUGUGUCAUCGUCCUGCCUGGGUCAGCAGGUGCAGGCUGAGCACAGGCCCAGGGCAGACCCUCACAUAAAGAGUUUUUCUUCCAUCCUCAUGUCCUUCUAUUUGAGGACUUGUUUUGGGUUUGGAUUUGCUGUUCCUGGACACCUGGGCAUCAGCAUAGUGCCACCCUCUACCCCCUGCCUGGCCAAUACUUCACAGUGCUCUUGGGGUACAGAGCCAAGUGACAAACAGGCCAGAGGAUGUGGGCCAGCAGCAGGUCAAAGGGGGCAACUUGGCAGACCCCACCCAGGGCAUUCUCCCCCACUGCCUGCAGCCUCCUGGUGCCCGCCGAACCCCCCAAGCUGUGCCCUAAGCAGACACCUGGGCAGGACCCUAGCCCUAAGCACACACCACCCUGUGCUGCACCCAUGAGAAAGUGCCCAUGCCUUGGGCUGCUCAGAAGCUCAGGAGUGAUCAGAGGGCACCUUCUGCUAGAAGGGAGGUUCCUGGCCAAGGGAUCAUGGAGUGCUGGGCAGCCUGCAGGGGCUGGGCACAGCCCAGCUUUGCACACACUCGCCUGGCCCCACCAUCCCCAACCUUGGCUUAAACCUUAGAGGCCUGGAUUUUGCAGUUAGCCUAAUCUUCCAGCCCCUGGCCAGGCUCCCUGGUGAGGAAUCAGCUGAGCCAUGACACGUUUUGGGGCCUGUAUCCUCUUCCCUGAGCCUCGGACGCACCCAGGGCUCUGGUUUGCCCAUAAAUUCCCUCUCCGUUGAGCUUGUAAAAUCCCUUCUCACCCCAGUUAGCAAACACCAAGGGAAGAGCCUAGUUUUUUUGAAAAGAUUCACUUAAUACCCACCCCCACCCCCCUACCAAGCCCAAGACCAGCCAUUCAAAACGUUAAGUCUCAUGGCACAGCGAGGGAGACCCAACAGAUUUUGAGCUUACAAGACUUAAGCAUACUUAAAACCAUGCCGGCCCAGUAUUUGAGCUUAGAACUUGUAUUUAAAAUGAGUCUAUGGUUUCUAGACACAUACUGAUUCUCAGGCUAGUCCCAGCGCUGAGGUCAAGAACGAGAUGCCCUUCCCUUCUCAUUUUCUCAAGUAGAUGUUUCCCAGCAGUCUCGCAGUUGAGCCCAACGUCGGAACUCAGAUCACAGGGUCUCCCAGAGGUUUCAGGUGUUCCUAAGCAGCUUCUCAAGGAAGUUUUGGAAGAAGGACUAAUAGGUGUAAAAAUAUAAACAUAUUAUAUAUAGCUAUAUAUAUUUAAAGAGAUCUCUACAUAUAUAUAUAUAUAUAUAAACUACAGUACUCUGCAUCUGUACAAAGUAUGAGUUAAAUGCCCAGGUAGUGUGAGAUAUGUAAUGCAUGAAUGUGAAUAUCCUGAAAUCUGCCUUCUUAGCAAUGAGCCGCGUGUACGAGGAGGACUGUUGCUCCUGGGAGUUCUCUCAAUGGGCAGAUGUCCAAGGUGAUGCAGUCUCAUCCACCAAUGAGCCAUUAAGGUUGGUUUCCUGCUGAGACUUUUGUACCAGAAGCAAGACUGACAGCCCUGGGGGGUGUCCAUAUGCCACUGAUGAGGAAGAAAGUGCCAUGACUUUUUUAUUUUCAAUAAAACAUAGAGAUGUC